GUCAAACCCACUGCAAGUGGGGUAGAAUGCAAAAAGAAUGCAUAUGAAUCCCUUCAUGCAAACAAGGUCUAUGUAGUGAUGGGGUCGAUUGGUAGCAUUUCGUUUAUGACUGAGACUCUUGACAAAGACAUGGAACAGCACAAGAGGAAGAUGGCCAACAAGAAUCUGAUUGGGAUCGACAUGGAGGCAUAUCCCUUCAUGGCUUACUGCAGAGCUGCUUUUCCUAAGUCUAUGCCUGUGGUGAUAAAAGGCAUCUCCGACUAUGGAAAUGCAGAAAAAUACGAAUACUAUCAGACAUAUGCUGCCUCGACAGCAGCUGCAUUUCUGAGGAAUCUACUAGGAUCAAAACAAUUUUGUUAUUUAAUGUCUUGUAAAUAUGGAUGGUCGACUUGCCUUGAGACUGUAGAUGAGGUUGCAAAUGCUAAUGAAGAUGACCGAACGUCAGAUGGGACAAUGGUAGUUGCAAGUGAACGUUGGAGUCCUGUUUCAUCUCAUACAAUGGGGACAAUCAACGAAUUGAGAUCGGAGCCAACAGUUACACAAAGUAACUUAGCAGAGAAAGUCAAAACAUUGGAAGCUCAAGUGGAUCAAUUACAAAGAGAGAAAACAGCAGCUGUCGAGAAAGAAAGGAAACGAGCGGAUGCUCAAAUGCGAUUGAUAACUCUGGCAUUACUAUGGGACAGAAGACAGCGUGUUGGUGACAGCCAGGUCGAUGACAGUUUGCCAUCUUGGAAACAGUGGUAUGCAGGCAUACCUCGAUCCAAUAGUGCAUUAUACGGCAGAAUGGGAGAGAUCAAAGGCAGACUUGUUGUAGGACAUGAAGAUGGUAAGAUGCAUAUUCUCACUGAGAAACGUGAUAAAUGGACCAAAUAUGAUCGAAAGAAUGGUUCCAUCAAGCAUGUAUUGUGUCACAAAGAUGUCUGCCUGUUGUGUGUGAAAAAAGAUACAGAAACUCAUCAAGUUGUGAUCGAACAAUAUCAAUUGAAUGAAAACAAAUCGCGAUUCCUCACUGUUAUACCAAACGAAUUGCAGUUGUAUAAUGUAUCUGUUGCUCUUUCUGAAAAUUCACUGUAUGUGGUGGGUGGUAGGACUAAGUCAGGUGAGACAGUAAACACAUCACGUGUGUGUGACCUUACCAGUGGUCAUUGGUCUGAGAUGGAUGACAUACCAACAAAACGCUAUGCGUGUUCUUCGGCCAUUAUAAACAACACAUUGUUUGUAGGGGGAGGACUCACCGAUUGCAAUAACUACAGUAGUGUCGUUGAGUGUGCAGAUGUUCGUGACAGAAAAUGGAGAAAAAUCCCGUCUACAACCAACCGUCUUUCUACAUUGACAGCAGUUGGCGACACACUGGUGGCGACUGGAGGACUGCUACAUCAAUCGUUUGAUUCUGACAUUGUCGAAUUGUAUGACGAGAGAUUUACCAAAUGGCUUCCUCUUCCACGCAUGACACACACACGGUUCCUACAUAGCGCAUGCUCAACUGAGAAUGGAGAACUCAUCGUGGCAGGAGGAUGGUGGAAUGUAAAGUCCAUAGAGAGUAUAAAGUGUUAAUAACAUAUUUUUUAUAAUAUUUUACUAUGCAAUUUAAUUAUGUCAGUAUUUGUUGUUGAUAAAUACGUGCGUAUUUGAACUUUACUUUUUGAUCAACUGG